CUGAAGCUUCUCGCUGUCGCUCUCUCUCACCGGGGCGCGUUUCCUCGCAAUCUCUGUGUUUGAAGCACGCAAGUAAUCAAUCAAUCGAUCGAGCGAGCAAGUAAGCAAGCGAUCGAGCAAUUGAGCAAGGCAGAUUCAGUGUGCCGGAAACCUGCAUUUGUGUGUGUGCGUGUGUGUGUGAGUGAGUGUGUGUUUCCUCAUCUCGUGCUGUUUCGGUCGGGCUGCGGAGCAGUGUGCGUGCAAGCCUUGCGGUGUGGAGUGUGGGACGCUGUGUGUGCACCCGAUGGCGUCGAUCGGAAGGUCACAAUCGAGGUCGGGAUUAUCCUCCAAGCGUCGUCUCCAUCAGCUCUUGGAGCUUACGACGGGUUGGAAGCAGUGCAGCGGAACUUGAGUCCGAAAUUUCUCUCUGUUUGCCGGAUCAGGACAACGUGUAAGGGAGAUACUUUUUCAGUGCCUUGUUGCCAUGCGGAGGAGGCUUCCUUUGCUGUAGUUUGUCUUGAUCGAUUUAGCAUUGUGCGUGCGGUGGCUGGGGAAAGCAGCUUGAGGGAUUGUUGGCAGCGCCAUGGGGGAUGCUAUGGAUAUAUUAGGGUUGAUGAAACUCGGCGAUAGGGGGAGUGUUGAGAGUCGGAAAACGCCCAAGGAUGUGGUCAAGAAGCCGGAUGGUGUUCAUAGGGAGGUAUAUGCUCUCACUGGCGGUUUACCGCCUAUUAUGCCAACAUUGGAUCCAGCGUCCACAAAGAAGCGUCCUGCACCUACGAAAAAGAUAUCUUGGCAAUGGCUCUCCUUCUCGACUACAGCUCGGACGGACAAUCUGCAACUGUAUCAUUGGGUCCAAGUUAUGGAUGGCUUGCAACCCUCUGGAGAUUAUGCAUUCGCCAAGUACAACAAGGGUGUGAAUGGCGUUCGCUAUACGGAUGAGGAGUAUAAUCAGUUGCUUGUUGAUCCGAAUUGGAGCAGAGAAGAGACAGAUCGGCUUUUUGACAUGUGUGAGCAGUUCGAUUUAAGAUUUAUCAUCAUAGCGGAUCGCUUUAGUUCUCCGUGUACUAUCGAGGAGUUAAAACACAGAUAUUAUUCGGCUGCCAAAUCUAUAAUACAGGCCAGGGCCGGUCCUAACGAUGAUCUAAGCGAGCAUGCCUUCUUUAAGGAUUCCUACAAUGUUAGUCAUGAAGUGGAACGAAAGAAAGCAUUAAACAUUAUUCUUUCUCAGUCACGGCAGCAGGAUCGCGAGAACUCCGUGGUUAUCGCAGAAGCCAGGCGUAUUACAGAGACUCGUUUAAAAGCCAAGGAUAUAGAAGAGGCGCAAGUUUCAACGAGACCUGCACGUCACGUGGAUACAACACCUACAAGUCCUACUUUUUCGUCGACAACUGGCGAUAUUUCAUUUUUACCUGUUCCUGUUACUGUUGCGUGUACAACUUCUGUACAAGUGACUCCUGUACACAUAUCUUCGUCGGCCCCUCCUUCAACUCCUGUUCUAACACCUGCGCCUGCUUCUGGUUCUGCUGCCCCUCCUUCAGUUGGACCACGACCGCCACGAGUGUACUUGAGAGGAGCAUGGUUGACUCAACAAAUUCAUUUUGUGGUUUCACCUUCUGGCGUGAGAACUGCGAAGCGCGUGGAUCAGAUACUUGAGGAGUAUAGGGUACAAUCCAAACCCAAUGUUCCAACGGCGACAGUUUGUGCUGAGCAUUUAGAGCUUCGAAGGGAACUUCUCAAUCUACUACAAUUGCAGAAACAGGUACAAUAUAAAGAAACCGAGCUUGCUAUAUUGCGGGAUAAUCCCUGUGCAGGAAGCUCUGCUACUCCAAACACCCCAAAGAGAUUCCACCGUGGACUUGAAAAUGAACGUGUUUCAACACGUGCGACUCCCGCCGCUGCAGAAUCGGAGGAUUUUCCUGGAAGUGGUGAACGUGUAACUAAACGUGAAUACAAGCGAAAGGCUCUAGCUAGGUUUCAGGAAACACCGACAUCACCACCCUACCACAAACGUGGACGUAAACUGAAAGGUUCAGAGAGUUGAUACUAUGGCGAAUCAAGGAAACCGUAUAUAAUGUAUCUUUGGAUCCCCCAUUGAUACUUGUACAAAGAGUUUCAUUCCCAGAAGAUGUAGGAUUCAAUCCAGGUUUUAGGAGUUCGAUUAUUGAUGUCGCUAGCCUUGCAUUCACGGUGAUGUAGAUGACACGACAGUUGAAUUGCUCCAUGGUCUCGACAGAAGGAAGUUUCCGAAGGUGUGUUGGUUGGUGGUAGGUCUUAGGCUGCAGUUACUGCAUAUGAAAAUCAGACGCCUUCAAAGCUCUUAAGUUAUUUCUCAAGUUUCCUAGCAAGUAUCAUAUCUAUCCUCAUUUGUUUGUUAGCAGAUGUUAUUGGAACGAACAGUAGAUACAGGAAUCCAGUUUCUGCUGCGACUCAUGCCGGUCUUAUUCUUGGAGUUGUACUUUGAUGUGUUCUAAAUGGUGCGUAACUUGGAUGUGAUCUAUCUUGUGAAA